GGUCUCCCGCUCGCGUUACAUCUUUGUAUCCAUCUGUUAUGAGACUAGAUGGUGAGCUACUGAUCUGAUUGGUGCAUAUAUGUUGCUUCCUUGCUACGUAGAGAUGAGAUUCUGUUUGGGGUUGGGAUUGCAUACUGAUUUUGUUCUGUUUCGGGGAGUCGGCCAAUCGGAUGCUGUCUCUUUAGGUGAGCCUGGUCUCAUCUUUGGAGGCAAAUGUCCGGAGUAGUUAGGGGAUUAACACCAGCAUGGGCACAACAUAAUGAAUGCGAGGUUAUGAAUUUUAGUAGCAACUCCUGAGCAAUAUCUGGCGUCUUUGUAUCUAUGCCUAUGUGAAUGCCUUCGUGCAUGCAUCAUCAUGUGACGCAUGCCUGAGGUAGACAGCAAAUCUCAUGCGCAUGCGCUUCGAGUUGUGGUUGUGUUCCCCUGGGUUGAUCAUGCACACGCGUGUGUUCCACCUGUGUCGUGUUUGUGGCAGCAACCGUCAUGGUGUUGGACUCAAUUAUAUUGCCGUGCAACGGAACACCUUUUUUGGGGGCAUCUAGAGUCCAGAUAUGUGCAUGAUCAAAUCCUGGAUUAUAGCAUCUACAAUUGUUGAUAUUGUCGUACAACCAUUUCCGUUUGUUAAUGGGCACUAUAAUCAAAAUAUGGCCGCAUAUAACUGUUGCUGUUGAGCUAGUGGAAGCUUAAAUUGUUCCGCAGGAGUUAUAAGCAUCGACUUACGCAUGUAUGCUUCACGUGGGUCAUCUAGCAUUUGUUAUCUUGUCUCCUUUUUGUCAUGGUGGGGUGUGAAACACUAGUACUCCCUCUAGUCGUAAAUACUUGACGUUUUGGACAACGGCAUGGUCUCCAAAAUGUAGCAUUGACUACUAUUUUCUAUUGGAACGAUUUUAUAAAAUUCAAUAAAGUUAUGUCAUCAUAAAAGAACUUUUAAGACAAAUCUAUACGUACGAUUUCCAAGUUCUCUAUCUAAAUAUCCUACAGAUAUUGUUGGUCAAAGUUUCAAAAGUUUGUCAGGAUCCUUGUUCAAAACGUCAAGUAUAUAUGACUGAAGGGAGUACCUUUUAAUUUAAAGGGGUUGUAUCACAUUGUUAAGCCCUGAGAUAAUUGAAUCUAUUUCCUACCAUUCCCAUUAGAUUGACUAUGUCAUUUUCCCGUGUUCAACUAAGGCUUUAGAUAAAAUCUUCUUACUGUAUUGAUAUUUGCAAAGAUAAAACCAGGAAUACUUAUUACUUAGCCAAGUAUAUUGCUGGGAGUUAAUUAAUUCUGAGAUUUAUUUCUAUAAUCAUGAAGAAGCUGUGAUGUGCUUUUGAGCAUUCUAGACAUAUUGGGAUCAAGCAUCUCUUGAAUGCUGGCCCAUUUGCCAAUACGAUUAUGAUUUUUGUAGAUUCUACUGAGUAUGAGCUCGUACAUUAUUUAACUUAGGUCCUCCCACGUUUGUUUUACAAUGUCAGUAAAUUUCCCACAGUGGACAUGACAGGGUCUCACGUAAUUUAUUUUUGGGAUUUGGGAGGGAGGGACUACCAUACCAUUUUGCAUUGUUUUCGAGAAAUAACAGAAGUCACCUUUUAACGAUUAUAAGUUGAAUCGCUUGCAGUCAGAAAACCCUGACUCCGACCUUAACCAUGAUAGCUUACGUGAUGUAUGUGAAUAAAGAAUAAAAAUAUAAAGCUUGCAAUAUGUUAUGCAGAAUUGCAGAUACUAAGAGCGACUACAUCAAUAUGAGUGAUUGCAAUUAAUACAGUGAAUAAUUUAGCUCUUAUGUGUUCAAGGUAAUACCACACCAAGUGAAUAUAUGGCAUGGUUGUAGUUUGUGCUAGUGUGUUAGUGGGACUUUUGAGUAUCUAGCAUGUCAUACUAAGCACAGUAAACACUCGAAAAAGAUUUCUUUGCAAUUUUGCAUAACAUUCGAAGCAUUGUUGCAUCAGAAUGAAAAGCUGGUUAGCCUAAAUCAUUACCUUUGACCAGCCUAGGAUUGUACAUCGAACAUGAACAAUGUGGCUGCUAAAUAGUACAACGAAUGUACUAAUAAUUCGAUAAAAUGAGAAAGCUAGCUUACUGCCAUCGUAAAGAAGUAUAAAUUGGAGAAUACCAUGUAGUGUGAGGAUCAUAGCCGUUACGGCGAUGCGGCGAGGCGACCCACCACCUUCACAUCACUUAUGGCGCGUGGCGUUAUGACGCCAUACACGCAUCAUAGUCUAGGAUGUUAGGAAAUUGUACUGCAAAUGGUAGUAUAAAUGUAGCUCAAAAGUGAUAGCCUAGAAUUUUAUGAAAUCAAAAUAGCAAUGUAAAUGUAUCAUAAAAGACAUAGAGCUCAUCUCUCAAAGGCCUCCGUGAUUUGAUCAGUCAUAUUCUGCAAAAAAAAAAAACGAAGUUGGCUGAGAGAUAUCUAUUCCCCUUGUGAUCAGAUCAUCAGAGUACUACUUGGUUGAGAGAGAGAGGCAGUGAGUACUACUCGGAGAGAGACUAAGGUAGUGUUUGGUUGGUUGAACGAAGUUGAAUGGGAUGAGAUCGUCUUGUAUGUAGAUGAUUAUUUUGGAUGAGAUGGUACAACUAGGUUGUUUGUUAGAUGUAUGGGAUGGUACGAGAAUGCGUUUGGUUGGAUGUAUUGAAUGAUACGAGAACGUGUUUAGUUGCUUAAAAGCCAUGUAUUAUAUCCAUGUAUAAUUUAAUUAUUUUACAAAAAUAAUAAUGUUUAUAUUUGUUAUUAUCAACAAACUAUGCUAAUUAGUACUAAUCAUUACUAAUUUCAUUUAAUCAUAACUUAAGUUGUCAAUAAUCAUCACUAACUACCCACAAUAGUAAUUAGUUAUGGUUAAUAACAUCUAAUUGUAACUAAUGUUGAACUAAAAAUUCUUAAUAACCACUUAUAGCCACUAAUCAUCACUAACCGCAAGUGAUUAGCGGAGUUGACAGAACCUGUAUGGGUCAUUCAGUCGAUUUUGCCGCACGGCUCGGUACAACAUCUUCUUGGUAUAUUCUAAGAAUCUAAGCUAUCUUAUCCUGGACGGAAUGAUGUGAUUCGGGAGACGGCGGACAAGGGAGACGGUGCGUGGGGAUCUAGGCGGGCAACGGGUGGCUGGUGAGGAUUCAGGUGGGGGCAGGCCGAGGGCGGCAACGGCUGUUCCUUCCGGGUUGCGGCUCCUUCACUUGAUUAAAGGUCGCCAAAGAGGCGCCACACCGAUGCUACAAUGCUAUGGUGGACGCCAUACACACCGGAGACGUGGCGAGAGGCGGAUUACCGCCACAGCGAUGUAACCAUGACAACUAUGGUGAGGAUGGCGUGUGGGUCUAGGGACCUGGAUGGUAUUUCCAACUUGGUGAUCUUUGUGAUACUUGUUCCGGAUGUGACAAAGUCAACAUGGCAAUCGCUUGUCAUGGAGAGUGAGCUUCCUGUCCUUGUUGAGUUCUGGGCUUCAUGGUGCGGGCCAUGCAAAAUGAUAGAUCCAGUUGUUGGCAAGCUCUCAAAGGAGUAUGAAGGGAGGCUGAAGUGCUACAAGCUCAACACUGAUGAAAAUCCAGACAUAGCAAGCCAGUAUAGCGUCCGGAGCAUCCCCACCGUGAUGGUAUUCAAGAAUGGAGAGAAAAAAGAUUCAGUUAUUGGGGCUGUGCCUGAGAGUACUCUGAUCGCAUGCAUCGAGAAAUUUGUUGAGAGGUAAAAUGCCAAAUUGAUCUCUUGAACACAGUUGCCAUUCCAAAACCUAUGUUAAGAUCAUUGGAGCCGUAUGCACAACAGUCCUGUACCUGCUUGUAGAUAUUUGGUCUCUUGAACACAGUUGCCAUUCCAAAACCUAUGUUAAGAUCAUUGGAGCCGUCUGCACAACAGUCCUGUACCUGCUUGUGGAUAUUUGAAUUAUAUUACUGUAGCAUCCAAUAAAUGGCGUUUGAGGAUGCGGUCUUUAUGAUGACA